AUGAAGACGUUCCUCGACAGUCGUUACUUCAGCUACGUACGUUUCUUCUUGAGGCUAAUCGUUCUGUCGCCGCUGGGCAAGAGCAAGGGACAAAGGAUCAGAAGAUGCCCGGUCUACGUGUGCACAGUGAUGCAGGUAUGGACAUUGAUGACGCUAAAGGAUGAUCUAAAGACCACCAUCGCGAGCCUUCCUUACGUAGUAAGCUCUCUCAUCAUAACUAUUAAAUAUUUCACCUGCUAUCUAAACUACAACAUGAUAAAAAAACUGUUCGUUACCAUCGGUGAAAACUGGAUGGAAUUGAAAUGCAAGAAUGAAAUGAAUCUGAUGGAGAAGUAUACUCACGAUGGCUACCUCUAUACGGUAUUCUUUACAUGGCUUACUAUUGUCUCUUGUUGCUUAAUAUCGACUCUGGGGUUGAUCGUAUUAAUUUUCCGACAAAAAUUCUUGGAGUCUGCGAACAACCUUCUACUGCUACUUCCUUCUUGGAUUUAUGGGGAUACAGUGGACAGCAAGGUCUCUGUAUUGCUGUUCUGCGUUAUUUUCAUCAUGAUAAUUGCAGUUAUGUUGACCACGGAUCUGAUUUACAUUACUCUUACAUAUCAUGCAUGUGCAAUGAUAAGUGUAACGGGACACAGACUGCAGCAUCUUUUCGACGAUGUUAAGAGGAUGAGGAACACCGAGCAGAAGAAUACUCUGCUUCAUGUGCGAGUUGCUAAAGCUAUUAGAUACCAUUGGAAAUGCAUGAAGUACGUCAAUGGCCUGGAAUCGUGUUACACUGUCUCCUUGUUCCUGCAGCAUAUUAUGAUCACCAUAGUGAUCACCAGUAAACUCUACAGAGUGUACAGCUUUUCGAUGACAGGACGCGCGAAUUUAAUCAUUGUUUCGGUCGACAUUGCUUACACACUUGGACUCUUAUUUGCUAACGUGUACCCUGCGGAAAGACUGACAGAUUGUGGCCAGAAUCUCUAUCACAACGUAUACAAUGCACAUUGGUACGACACGCCAGCAAGUACUCAGAAGGUUAUCCAGAUAAUGUUGCAAAAAAUAUCCGAGCCCUUUUACUUUGGAAUUUCAGGAUUAUUUUCUGCAUCGUUCGAAACGUGUAGCAAGAUAAUCAGAAACCGUCCAAUAGUGGACACCGUUUGGGCACCGCUUUUUUUCAAGAGCAGCUUCAAAGCGGUCCACUUCGGUUAA